CAACGAUUCGGCUGGCGCACGCCCAGAUUGUGCCAUGGCGUGCUCGUGAGGGGCCACAUGCGUUGCCCGAGUCGUGCGAGCCAUCGGUAGACGAUGGGCAUAUGGGCGAGCCGUGCGUGGCGGCGGUUCAUCUCCAGUGACCAGGAGUGCAAGAUCGUAAUUGUCGGCUUGAACAAUGCUGGCAAGACUACGAUCCUCUACAACCUCCACUUGGGCCAGGUGGUGCUGACACAGCCGACCAUUGGUAGCAACGUGGAGGAGGUGAAGCACGAGAACAUCACUUUCCAGGUUUGGGACCUCGGCGGCCAGGAGACCCUGCGAGCAAACUGGUCGACCUACUUCGAGGACACUGAUGCGAUCAUCUUCGUAGUGGACAGCAAUGACCAGGAGAAUUUGGUCCUGGCAAAGAUGGAGUUGUUCAAUGUGGUCCUACACGAGGACCUGAAGCACGCGUGCCUGCUGGUCCUUGCCAAUAAGCAGGACAUCCAGGGCAGCCGCAACGCUGGGGAGAUCGCCCAAGAUUUGUCCCUGCACAAGAUCCUGACCCACGAGUGGCAGAUCCAGAGCUGCUGUGCGCUCACGGGAGAAGGUCUCCGGGAGGGUCUCAGCUGGAUCGCCGGCAGGAUCAAAGCCCGCAAAUCGGGGGGCGCGAGCUCGUCUCUGCAGUCGGUGAGCUGACGUGGGGUUUGCCCCCGUUGACUUCCAUGGCGAGCUUUGGCGCCCGUCCGCCGAGUUUGGGUGCUUUUGGCCUCACCCAAACGCCCGAAGCGCUUUCGGAGAGAUGAACAC